GUGGUUUGUGCGACCGUCAGCCGUGUGGUGUCUGUGUGUGCAUCCGCUGUGUGCAGCCUCCCGGUGUCAUUGUGUGGCGGAGAUUUCACAGACCAAAUGAAAAAGAAAAACGCAGGAAAUGAGAAGGUGCAGGCGAAGAAGAUGAGCGCGGAAGCUGCAGACAGAGAGGCUGCGACUUCCAGCCGCCCGUGCACGCCACCACAGACAUCCUGGUUUGAAUUCUUAUUGGACGAUACUUUACUAGAGGCUCACCUACAGAAGUCUUUUCCAGAUCCACAGCCUGUUCAACUUAUAAUCCAGUUUCUAGAGCAGGCCUCCAAGCCCACCGUGAAUGAGCAGAAUCAGGUACAGCCCCCUACUGACAACAAGAGAAACCGUACCCUGAAACUGCUGGCACUGAAAGUGGCAGCUCAUUUAAAAUGGGAUCUUGAUGUACUCGAGAAAAGUUUAUCGGUCCCUGUCCUGAACAUGCUUCUGAAUGAGUUGCUGUGUGUGAGCAAAGUACCUCCUGGAACAAAGCACGUGGACCUGGACCUCACAAGCUUACCUCCAACCACGGCCAUGGCUGUCAUGCUGUACAACAGAUGGGCUAUCCGGACAAUCGUACAGAGCAGCUUUCACGUGAAGCCAGUUAAACAGGGUCCUCUGCAACCAAACGUAAUGAAUCAAAUACAGCAGGAAAAGGAGCUCACAGAAAAUAUUUUGAAAGUGCUCAAGGAACAGGCAGAAGAUUCAAUCACGGUGCUAGAGGAAGCUAUUAAACUAAAGAAAGCCUUUUAUGUUCACACCAUGAGGACCUUGGAUCUGUUGGUGGUGGAGCCUGGAAUUGUGAAUGGAGAAACAGAGAGCUCCACUGCCGGGUUAAUAAUCAGUUCUGACGAAAUGCGAUGCCAGGUAUGCUACGACCUAGGGGCUCUUUACUUUCAACAAGGACCCACAAACCCACUGAGUUAUGAAAAGGCCAGAGACCACUUCUUUACCACCAAACAACUGGUUUCCAAGAUUGGUGCAGUCUCCACCCACUGCGCAGUUGAUGAAAGGAGGUUGGCCGGGUAUUGCCAAGCAUGCAGUGUUCUUGCCCCAUCCAAUGUGGCUGCACAGCAAUCCACAAUGUAUAGUCAGAUCCAUAGCUUCAUGAAGACUGGAAAUUACCAGGGAAUAUUGAGUAUCUUCUAUGAAGAUAACGUGCAUGGUAACUUACCAGAUCAGUUCAGGCAGUCCGUGCUGAGAGAGCUCUUCCAGAAAGUGCACCAGGGCAAUGACGCUCUAACCGAGAUCUGUUUCAAAGUCUGCGCUUGCAAUACGGUACAUGACAUUCUACAUGGACGGCCAGUCAGCGUGCAAUUUCACCAGCUCUUCAUGAAGCCUAGCAAUGAGAAAAUAGACUAUCUUCUUGAGGUAUGUACCAAGUCUCUGAAGUAUGAGGAGGCCUCAGAGUCUCAAAGACGAACAGUAGCAGCAUUUUUAAAGAACCUGUGCCUGGGCAUUGAAGACUUGCAGCUGGUCUUCAUGAUUUCCACUCACGAGCUGUUUAUGAAGCUGCUUACAGAUGGAGACAGAAUGAUGCUGAUUGAUCAGAUUAGAAAGAGAACCUCACACACUAAUCUCUGUACCAAACCUGUGACGUCCUUCUAUGACAUACCAGCAUCUGCCACGGUUAACAUUGGUCAACUGGAGCACCAGCUCAUCCUCACCGUGGAUCCCUGGAGAAUCAGACAGAUCCUGAUAGAACUGCACGGCAUGACCUCCGACAGCCAGUACUGGACUGUGUCUAGCAGGUGGGAAGUGCCAACUGUCUACGGUGGAAUCAUCUUAGCAAUUAAAGAUAAUCUGACAAAGGAUCUGGUCUACAUCCUGUUGGCCAAAGCCUUACACUGCAGUGCAAUUAAAGACCUCCCUCAUGCCAAACAGCUGCUCACCUCCUGUCUGGAAUUGGUGACUGAAUUCUCUCCCAAACUGCGGCAAGUUAUUUUCAACGAGAUGCUGCUAUUAGACAUAUACACCCACGAGGCCGGGCCUGGCGUCAACGGUGAACGCCCACAAGCUGAACUGAUCAGUCGAGUACGUGGGUAUCUGGAAAUGAGGAUUCCUGAUAUCCCCCUCCGACAAGUAGUGGCAGAGGAAUGUGUAGCCUUCCUUCUUAACUGGAGAGAAAAUGAGUACCUAACGCUACAAGCACCUGCCUCCAUGGUGCAAAGUAAUCCCUAUUUGAAGCUCGGCCAGCUUUUGGCAGCCACAUGCAAAGAGCUAUCGGGACCAGAUAGCCGGAGAUCAGCUAAAGACCUAUGGGAGGUGGUGGUAAAUAUAUGCAGCAUUUCCAACCAGUACAAGCGCAGCAAUGACGGCAGGAUCAGCCUAAUAAAGAACAGAGACUCCACAAUGGGCAUCAUGUAUAGGAGUGAACUUCUGUCUUUCAUAAAGAAAUUGCGUGAACCAUUGGUUUUGACAACACUGCUAUCUUUAUUUGUCAAGCUUUAUAAUCUCGGGGUGGAUGUUGUGAAUGAUAUUACUGCAGAGCACAUCACUAUUUGGCCAUCAACCAUUCCAACCCUUCAGUCUGUAGACACUGAUGCUGUUGCCGUCACAGUAAAAGAGUUGGUGAAGUACACGUUAAAAAUCAAUUCCAACAACCAUUCUUGGCUCAUCAUCCAGGCAGACCUAUAUUUUGCAACCAACCAGUAUUCUGCUGCUCUAAACUAUUAUCUCCAGGCGGGGGCAGUCACCUCUGACUUCUUCACCAAGCAAGUUCCACCAGAUGUAUAUACAGACCAGGUGAUUGAGAGGAUGAUAAAGUGCUGCUCUCUGCUGAAUUGCCACACACAGGUUGCUAUCCUAUGCCAGUUCCUCAGAGAAGUUGAUUACAAGACUGCCUUUAAAGCCUUGCAAGAGCAAAAUAGCCACGACGCAAUGGAUUCCUACUAUGAAUACAUAUGGGAUGUGACUAUUCUGGAGUAUUUAACAAACUUACACCACAAGAGAGGAGAGCUCGAUAAGAGACAGAUAGCGAUAAAAGCCAUAGGCCAAUCUGAGCUGAAUGCCAGUAACCCAGAGGAGGUGUUACAGCUGGCAGCACACCGACGCAAAAAGACCUUUCUUCAAGCAAUGGCAAAGCUGUAUUUUUAAAUCAGAGCUUGAGAACCUGUGCGUGUAUAUAUAGACAUUUAUCUACACAAACGUAAAUAGCAACAGUUUAUUUUAUACAUAUUUACAUAAUUUGUACAAAUGUGUCCAAGAAGAAUAUACAUGUCAAAACAUUUACAAA